AUGGGGUCAUUCAUCCCGUCGGUUGCACUCGGAGCAAGCCUAGUGUAUCUCUACCGAGGUGAAAUGUCGGUCAACACAGCUGAUCGCCGCGUGGCAAAAAAGUUCAAGUGGACCAUGGACUUUUCGAGCAGAAAGCCACCAGAACUCGCGUCUCCUCCGGGUUUCAGCACUACCCCAAUCCAAGUCCCAGUGGAAGCUCAGCAUCAAGGAGACCAUCACCUGAUCGUGAAGCGCUCUUGGGAUCUGGCCCUGGGACCGCUGAAGCAGCUACCGAUGAACGCGUUCAUCCUCUACAUGGCCGGGAACUCCAUCUCCAUCUUCCCCAUAAUGAUGGUGGGCAUGAUGCUCAUCCGCCCCGUGAAAGCCCUCAUGACCACGCAGGCCACAUUCCGCAUGAUUGAGGGCAGCCAGUCCCUCCUCCAGAAACUUGUCUACAUCCUGGGAAACCUCGCUUGUGUGGGGCUGGGCCUGUACAAGUGCCAAUCGAUGGGCCUGCUCCCGACGCACGCAUCGGACUGGCUGGCCUUCCUCGAGCCGCAGGAGAGGCUCGAGCAUUCGUACGGUGGGAUCGUUUAUCGAACUUGAUUCGCCUUGUGAUCGCUUCUCAUCCAUUAUUCAGCCUCAGAUAUAUCUCACUAUUAUGAUGGUCAG